AUGUGGUUAUGUCGUAACAGGGCCACCUUCGAGGGCAAAAUUUUGAGAACUCCUUUUGAUGUAGUCUUCUCUGCUUGUGGUUACAUGAAUUACUGGGCAGGUCUUAUGGUGGGAGCCGAACGAGAAGCGAUGGAGCGCGGUGCCAAGAUGCUCAAGACUAAUGCAGCUGCCAUGAUGAGGAUUUGUGCAGCUCCAGCGGGAUCAGCAAUGGACUGA